CCCCACCUCAACUUUUGGUAUUCGUAUGUUGUCGACUGGGGACAAUUUCCCUAACUCCUAAAGUACUACGCCAGCUGGACAAUUUGCCUCAGUUUGUGUUCCUUUUUUUUUUUUGUUUGCUCUUGAGGCUUUUGCCAAAACCAUCAUCCGCCAUAGAAGAUUCGACUUGAAGAGUGCUUGUAAACUUCGCCGUCCAAAGUAAAACGCCGUCAAGAUGCGCGAGAUUAUCAGCAUCAACGUCGGUCAGGCUGGUUGCCAGAUUGCCAACUCUUGCUGGGAGCUCUACUGCCUCGAGCACGGCAUCAAGCCCGAUGGUUUCCUUACCGAUGAGCGCAAGGCCGCCGAUCCCGACCACGGUUUCAGCACCUUCUUCUCCGAGACUGGCCAGGGCAAGUAUGUCCCACGUACCAUUUACUGCGAUUUGGAGCCCAAUGUCGUCGACGAGGUCCGCACCGGUACCUACCGUAGCCUGUUCCACCCCGAGCAGAUGAUUACCGGCAAGGAGGACGCGUCGAACAACUACGCCCGUGGUCACUACACCGUCGGCAAGGAGUUGAUCGACCAGGUGCUGGAUAAGGUUCGCCGCGUUGCCGAUAGCUGCUCUGGUCUCCAGGGCUUCUUGGUCUUCCACUCGUUCGGUGGUGGUACCGGAUCCGGCUUUGGCUCUCUCCUUAUGGAGCGUCUGUCGGUCGACUAUGGAAAGAAGAGCAAGCUGGAGUUCUGUGUCUACCCGGCCCCCCAGACCGCCACCUCCGUUGUUGAGCCUUACAACUCGAUCCUUACUACCCACACCACAUUGGAGCACUCUGACUGCUCUUUCAUGGUCGACAACGAGGCUAUUUACGAUAUUUGCCGCCGAAGCCUCGGUCUUGAGAGGCCCAACUAUGAAAACCUGAACCGCUUGAUCGCUCAGGUCGUUUCCUCAAUCACCGCCUCGCUCCGGUUCGACGGCUCCCUUAACGUCGACUUGAACGAGUUCCAGACCAACCUGGUGCCUUACCCCCGCAUCCACUUCCCUCUGGUCGCCUACUCCCCGAUUGUCUCGGCUGCUCGUGCUGCUCACGAGGCCAACUCGGUUCAGGAGAUCACCAUGUCUUGCUUCGAGCCAAACAACCAGAUGGUUAAAUGUGACCCUCGCAACGGAAAGUACAUGGCCACGUGCUUGCUGUUCCGUGGUGAUGUUGUUCCUAAGGACGCACAUGCAGCUGUUGCCAUGCUGAAGACCAAGCGUAGCAUCCAGUUCGUCGACUGGUGCCCUACUGGCUUCAAGCUUGGUAUCUGCUUCGAGCCUCCUCAACAGGUCCCUAACGGUGAUCUUGCCAAGGUCAACCGCGCUGUCUGCGUUCUCUCCAACACGACCGCCAUCGCCGAUGCUUGGUCAGCCUUGUCCAACAAGUUCGACCUCAUGUACUCGAAGCGUGCGUUCGUCCACUGGUAUGUGGGUGAGGGCAUGGAGGAGGGAGAGUUCUCUGAGGCUCGUGAGGAUCUCGCUGCUCUCGAGCGCGAUUACGAGGAGGUUGCUACAGACUCUCUUGGUGAUGAGGAGGGUAUUGAGGCGGAGUACUAGACAAGCGGUGGUCCCGUUUUGUUCAUGCUUCUGUUACAAAAGGCACGAGGUAGACGACCAGGACUCUGGAUGGACUGGAUGGAUGCCACCUGCCAAAGAGGCCAGCAUACCCUUUUGAUACAGCAAAUGUCAAGUGUAAUUCUUCGGAGACAGCAACUCCUGACCACUCCUGGAGAGUUUUAAGAAGUCUUCGGGAUGUAGAAGACUGUCGUCUCUUUCGAAGAGGCGUUAGUCGUAUUUUAUUUGGUUUGGUGCAACAUAAUAGCUCGUUUUAAUAAAGAUACCUGUUGGGGUUGACAC